UAAAUUAUAUCUCGAGUAUUCAAUUCGUUAGGUAUAUAUGCAUAUUUUCGAUUCGAUUCAGCUCCCCGAGUCGGAUCGGAUCGACAAAUCCGGAUUCAAUUCGAUUCAGGUAUAUAUAGACCUAAAUCCUGAUUCAAUUCGGAUUCAAAUCGCCAUACAAACGGGUUGACGUUGUAGCAUGAAUUUUAUGUAAAGUCUAUACUGAUGCAUUCAUCCAAUCAUACGGAGCGGCAUCAUAAACUUUUAAAUUGCGAAUUGGUAAACAAGAAGUAGAUAGUUGUAUUUCUGAGAUAAAUUUACUGCUGACCAUGUCCGAUAGUCAAAGCAGGGGUCGAAGAACCUCGAGUGAAGAAAGCCGUGAUAGAGAGUAUGCGGGAUCCCGUCGCCCACGGUCUACCUUAUCCCCAACAAGAGAAGAAGAACCGCGAAAAAAAAUUCAAAAGCGAUCUUCCCCUGGUGAAGGACCAUCGACGUCCUCAUCGUCAAGAAGUCAUGAACGUCAUGAGAAAUCUAAUCGCCGCGAACGGAGUGAACAUUCUGAUAGAUCUGAACGCCACGAACGAUCUUCAUCGUCGGUUGCUCAAAGUGUUUCCAGGCCUCCAGGAGCAAAAGCAGAAGGAGGUAGAAGAGAUAGACUUUGUCGCUAUGAAAUCGUUCAUACUCGUCCACAAGAAAUCGAUUCUAAAUGCGGAAGAUCAGGUGCACCAAUCAGCUUGCAAGCAAAUUAUUUCCGAUUACUUACCACUCCGACUUGGCGGAUAUAUCAAUACCAUGUUGAUUUUUCUCCUGAUAUUGAAUUACGUCGUGUUCGAGGAGGAAUUCUUUCAGAACAUAAGGGAUUAUUUGGUGGCUACAUUUACGAUGGUAUGAAAAUGUUUAGCACAACCAAGUUGCGUGAAGAUUUGAUAAAAUUGGAAACAACAAGUAAAUCUGGAGAAAAAUAUAUGAUAACUGUUAAAUACGUUGGAGUUAUUUCUAUGAAAGAAUGGCAAUCACUACAAAUCCUAAAUUUAAUCCUUCGUCGUGCAAUGGAAGGUCUUAAGUUACAAUUAGUUGGAAGAAACUUCUUCGAUGCUGUUGCUAAAAUUGAUUUGCGAGAACAUCGAAUGCAACUUUGGCCUGGUUAUCAGACAUCUAUAAGACAACACGAACAAGAUAUAUUGUUGUGCACUGAAAUUACACACAAAGUAAUGCGAACUGAAACUGUUUAUGAUAUCUUGAUGAAAUGCACACAGGAAUCUCGCGAUUUUCAAGAAAAUUUCAAAAAACAUGUACUAGGUCUUACUGUAUUGACCGACUAUAACAAUAAAACUUACAGAAUCAACGAUAUUGAUUUCGCUGCAAAUCCAAAGAAAACUUUCAAAUGCAAAGAGAAAGAUAUGUCCUUCAUCGACUACUAUUAUCAGAAAUACAAAAUUCGUAUUAGGGAUGCCAAACAACCACUUCUUAUAUCCAAGUCAAAAGAUCGACAAAUACGAGGUGGAAAUGAUGAGUUUGUGAUACUGAUUCCUGAACUUUGCAGAGCAACCGGACUUACAGACACUAUGCGAUCCAAUUUCCAGCUAAUGAGAGCCAUGGCGGAUCAUACUCGAAUGAAUCCAGAUCGUCGGAUUGAACGAUUGCGGGUUUUCAACCGAAGGCUUCUUGAAACAGAAUCCAGUGUUAAAGUUUUAUCCGACUGGAAUAUGAAAUUAGAUAGAAACAUGGUAGAAAUAAAAGGUCGCGUUUUGGAACCACAGAAUAUUGUCUUCUUCGACAAACGAAAAGUAACGGCAGGAGAACAAGCUGAUUGGACAAGAUCAUUUCGAGACAAUGCUAUGUUUACAACACCUUCCCGUGGACUCGAUCGUUGGGCAGUUGUUGCUCCGAAUAGAAGUUCACGUGAUGUUCGAAAUUUCGUUGACAGUCUGAUUCGUGCUGCAUCAGGAAUGCAAUUCCAAAUUCGCCGCCCCAGAGAAAAUUUGAUUUUUGACGACCGAAACCAUUCCUAUGUUAAGGCGAUUGAAGAUUGUGCUAAUGACGAUCCCCAAUUAAUUCUUUGUUUGGUGCCGAACAAUAAUGCUGAUAGGUACGGAUCAAUUAAGAAGAAAAGUUGUGUAGAACGUGCAAUACCAACACAAGUUAUAACACAUAAAACUGCCACAAACCAACGAGGAUUAAUGUCUGUGGCUACAAAAGUAGCAAUUCAAAUCAACUGUAAACUGGGAUAUGCUCCUUGGAUGAUUGAACUUCCCCUCAGUGGACUUAUGACCAUUGGAUAUGAUAUUGCUCGCGCAACCAGGGAUAAAAGUAAAGCAUAUGGAGCCCUUGUAGCGUCCAUGGACAUGAAGACAAAUGCUACGUUCUACAGCACCGUUUCACCUUGUCACAGCGCUGAUUCUUUAUCAAAUGAGCUUACUAUCAGUGUUAUGAAAGCUUUGAAACAAUAUCAAAGAGAACACGAAAAACUACCAGCGCGUAUUCUUAUGUACCGUGAUGGAGUUGGUGAAGGUUCUCUCAAUCAACUUGUUGAACACGAAGUUAAAGAACUUGUGUCAAAACUAGAAAAAAUUUACAAAGAUCAAUCAGACAAACCUCUUAUGUUUGCCUAUAUAGUGGUUUCCAAGCAAAUAAAUACUCGAUUUUUUGCAAGAGGUCGUAACCCGCCACCAGGAACAGUUGUUGACGAUGUUAUUACACUUCCUGAGCGAUAUGAUUUCUACCUUGUUUCGCAAUCAGUUCGACAGGGAACAGUUUCACCCACUUGCUACAACGUAGUAUACAGUAAUAUUAAAUUAACCCCAGAUCAACUUCAAGUUUUAACGUACAAAAUGACGCAUUUAUAUUACAAUUGGUCAGGAACAACGCGAGUACCGGCUGUUUGUCAGUAUGCUAAGAAACUUGCAACGCUUGUUUCACAGAACAUAUUCCAGGUCCCAUCAAACGCUUUAGAGAAGAAAUUAUACUACUUGUAAUGUACUGGAAUCUUUAAUUGUUACAAGUUUUUUUAAACAUGAUGUCGAACUUAAUUUAACGUUCUCUCAGUUUUUUUUUUUGCUUAAAUUCAGAUCAAAAAGCACAAAAAGCACAAAAAUGAAUUAUAAAAAUACUGUGUUAUCCUGUGGCGUAGGUUAGAUCUGAAUGUUUUUUUUUUACUUAUAAUAAACAAACAAUGAGUUCUAUAUGGUUUCUUGUAAGAUCUUCCAUAUAAUCAUUUUCAAAGCUCUUAUUUUCUUGUAAUUAUUUAUUUUUACAAAACUUUGAAAGGUUAAUAUUUUUAUUUGGUGAUCAACAAAAAUAUAAAUUUAGAAUUAAAUAUACUGAAAAACGUCAAUGGAUGUUUUCUAAACGAGAAAUGAAACCUCGUUGUGUGGGCAUUUAUAAACGUGUGUCUAGUUCCAAAUCAACAUAAAUGUAUUGACUUAAUGUGUUCACCGUUGACUAAAAUAUCGUAAUGGAUGAUAUCAUGAAGUAAUUUUGUAUUUUUUUAACUAGAAAAUAAAUUCAUUAUUUACAAA